AUGAACCAUUCUGUCAUGAAAGCGGAUGAUGAUAAAAGAACCCCAUCAGUUAUUUUGAUAGAUUUCUUUAAUACAUUACCGUUGAGAGAUAGAACUACUAUUUCUUCUGUCUUAACUCAAAUACGCUCCCAUUUAGAUGACCAAAGUUCGACAAUUGCAGCUUGUGUUCAUGAAGAUUCCACUAGUUUUGAGAAACAAGCGAAGCCUCUUUUGCUUGAAGGACUAGAAGUUUCAUCAGAGAUUUCUUACUCACUUUUGUGUGUUUUUACAGUAUGUCUUUGUUUAAUGGAAUUGAGUGCUUUACGAAACUGUGAUCGUUCAGAUUUGGAAAGCGAAGACAUCUGGACAACUACAGAAGUGUUGAAUUCGUCUAUAUUUCCAAAACUAUGUGAAAAGAUAAAAGAACAGAAAACGAAUCUUCCUUCAAUACUUUCAUGGUCAUAUUGUAUGUUGACAUUCACUUAUUCUGCUUGUGUCGAGUGGAUAGAACAACAAAACUGCAAGCCCUCAUCUUCUUUCUGUGUUCGUUCUGCUGUGAAAUUUGACCCAACUGUGUUAGAUCAUCCUACUGUGCCACUUAUAAUGCGUCAUGUUCUCCAAGCACAAAGAAGGAAUAAACCUUACCCUAUACCUCCGACAUCACGUACUUUUUUAGAUCUUUUGUUUUCUAGCGCCGUAUCUAGUAAUGCAGGAAUUCUGAAGUCGUGUAAAUUUAUGAAGACUUAUGAUCCAACCAAAUGUUCUAUAGAAUUCGAUGAGCCUCCUGUACAACUCAUCAAAGCUAACAAGAUGACUGAAGUUAUUUCUGAAAGCAAAUCAGGUUCAUUCGCAGACAUUCUUUCUAAUCUUAAUUCACUAAAACAACUACUUGGAAACUCUGAUCUACAAAAUUCAUCGGUCGAAUCAUUGCUCAAACGUGAUGAUGCAAAUAUCCACUUAUAUGAACACAUUUAUGUCCUACUGUUACAACUGUGGUUUCGUGCUGCUACGGAUCGUAUAUUGCUUAAAAAAUUCCCACAAUCGUAUAUAUGGCUCUGUGGUUUCACUUGCCCAAUGUAUGACGUGAUGAGCAUUAAAGGGUUUUCAGAAGUUGUUGUAUGGACUGGACGUUUUUUAUCUGCAUAUGAAAAUCUCUUUAGAUCAUCUAUUCUUAAUUCACCUCAUUGGUACCUACAGAUGAUUACAGAUGCAAUAAUUGCUAUAAUUGAUCGAUCAGAAAAAGGUUAG